CGAGUCUAGAGCAGCUGUCUGGGAUCUCUUAAAGGCAAACCCGAUGUCAGUCCACCAUUACUCUCGGUAUCCCCGACCGGUGGGAAACGUCGAUCUGUCAUAAUGAAAACCCCUCUUUUGAGUGCCUGACGGACAUAUUUAUAUCGGAAUGCAGUCGGCCACGGCGGACCAAGGCUAUGGUGACUCCGUGGGUUCAGCGGUGCAGGUGUGCUUCCCCAGUGUGCAGGCCUCAGUGCUGGACAGCCUGAAUCGGCAGCGUGAAGAAGGCCAUCUCUGCGACCUCUCCAUUCACGUUCAGGGCCAGGUGUUCAAAGCCCAUCGGUGUGUGCUGGCUGCAUCGUCACCUUACUUCCACGACCAGGUGCUGCUGAAGAACAUGUCCACCGUCUCCAUCCCAGCCGUCUUGGACCCCCUGGCCUUUGAGAGCGUUCUCAGUUGUGCGUACACCGGCCAGCUGCGAAUGCUUCGCGAAGACAUUGUUAACUACCUCACUGUUGGCAGUGUGCUUCAAAUGUGGCACAUUGUGGACAAAUGCACUGAGCUUCUCAAAGAGGGCAGGGGAGGUUCCAGUGGACCUCAGGGAUCCGGAGACAAGGAGAGCGCAGGGCAAAGCGGCAGCGCCAACAAGAUCGCCCAAGCGGACGGAGGAGACGCACCUUCGACUCCUCAACCUCCCAGCCGCCCAUCCUUCAGCGAGAGCCAGUCUCCGAGCAGCACCAAUUACUUCAGUCCUAGAGACACACACUUCGGCGGGACGAUGGUGACCACCGGAGCAGUGGGAGAGAGUGCUGCUCACUCCACCCCGACCUACUGCAUGCCCUCCGGUGGAGAGGAAGGCUUCAUGAUCGAAGAAGAUGACGACGAGCUCUUGUAUCCCAGGAAAAGAGAUCGGGGAGGCAAGCGAAAGGUCGUGACCUCCGUCUCCGAUCAAGAGGUUGGAGUGAGCGACAGUUUUGGAGUGUCUUCGUAUCAAGAUGGAGACUCUUCUCCACCCCAGAAACGGCCGUCGUACAGUCAGCCGAGCAUCAUGCCCAGAAAACAGUGGGUGGUGGUGAAGACGGAACACUCGAGAGACGACGACCUGAUCGUGGUGUCAGGAGGAGAGGAGGGAGAAGACGAUGAAGAGGAACGAGAGAUGGAGAUGAUCAGACAGAGGGACAGGACAUUUAACAUAUCGAACGUUAGGACCCUCUCUGGACUCAGAGAAGAAGCUGAAAUGGAGGCACAGGCUGACUAUUGCCAGUCCUCAGAAGACUACCUCAAGUUUGAGAGGGGUUUGAUCGACCAGACGUCCUCUCAACACCCUGCUGAGAAUCCCGGUCAGUGCUCCAGCAGGACCGUGUCCACCCGGCUCGGUUCGGUUCAGUCGACGGCCGCCAGAGCUCAGCUCUUCCCUCUGGAUAUGCAGGGAAACCAGAUUCUCCUGUACAAUCAAGCCGCUCUGGAGUCUACAUCUCCAUUAGGGCUUGCAGGAGGCAUGUCAGGGGUGUCUCUAAAAGGUAGCCUCGAACACGGAGCGGUCCACUUACCCAGCCAAGGAGCUUUGGGGAGCGGGAUGGAAGGAUUAGACGGCGGCGCGGCUGGAAAUUCAGGCAAGGUCUUCAUGUGUCACUGCGGGAAAACGUUCACGCACAAGAGCAUGAGGGACCGGCACAUCAACAUGCACCUGGACCUGCGGCCCUUCCACUGCCCCGUCUGUGCCAAGAAGUUCAAGAUGAAGCAUCACCUCACCGAGCACAUGAAGACCCACACCGGUCUGAAACCCUACGACUGCCACGACUGCGGGAAGAAGUUCAUGUGGCGCGACAGCUUCAUGAGGCAUCGCUCGCAUUGCGAGAGGCGCAGCAGAGCCGAAGGAAGAGCCGGAUCCGAAAGGUCGGUCAUUUCUCCACCGCAUCACAUGAAGCUCGCGUCAGCCAACGAGACCAAUCAAGGUAGCGUUGGUGCCAGAAGCGGGAUCCCCGUUUUGUCUCAACAUUCCAUGAGCAGCAACAGCGUUUCUUGUCUCAACAUGGCCGCUUCUGGGCCUCUUCUUGGAAUCAGUUCUCAAAGUGGGCCGCAUGGCCUUGGAUCUAGAGUUUUGGGCAUUGGUGGCAAUCGUAGCGGGUGUUUGGAAGAAGUCUGUGAGGGUAACGUUGAUGAAAGCAGCAUCACAUAAGAGGUUUCCCUCAGAAACCACCGUCCCAUAAAACCAGAACACUUGUCUUUGGUUUCAAGGGACUAUGGGCCAGAUUUACUAAACAGGGCAAAUUAGCGUUAAAGCGCAAUUCCAUAAAAGCACCGAUG